AUGAAGUCUCUGUGUGAGAUAUGUGAGCAGUCUAUUUAUGGACCAUCCUAUUCAUGUCCCCAGUGCCAUCUGUACUUCCAUUUAGAUUGUGUCCAUCUCUCGAAAAAGGUAAAUCAUCCUUGUCACUCUAAUCACCCUCUUCAACUCAUUGCAGUUGAAUCACUUACGGGUGGUGCCGAGAAGUUUUGUAUUUCCUGUCUAGCAGCAGCAGAAAAGUUCAUUUCUCACUGUUCCAUCUGUAACUUCAGCAUCUGGCUUAUUUGCUUCAAAAACCCGCCUCCCCUAGUGGUUGAGCAUACCAAGACUCACAAACAUCCACUUAACCUCUUUCCAAAGAAAAUGCCAUUUACUUGUGACGUUUGUGGGGAAGAAGACGACGAGAUGCCUUAUGUGUGUGUUUUAUGCGCUUUUCUUAUCCAUGGAGCGUGUAUCUAUUUACCUCGUGUCAUCAACAUCAAUCGUCAUGAUCAUCGCAUGUCUUUCACUCGUCAUCUCGGCCAUGGUUAUUUGAAAUGUGGAGUUUGUCACCAAAGUUUAAGUCAAUAUCAUGGGGCAUAUUCGUGCUCUGUUUGUCCAGGCUAUGCAGCUCAUUUACAACGUGUGGUAAGAAAUGGUGUAUGGGAUGGUGUUGAAUUAGAAGAGAUUCCAGAUGAUACAAAAUAUAUUGCACCAUUCAAGGUGGUGGGUGAUGAUUUAAUAGUUCAUUUCAGUCAUGGAUACCAUACUUUAAGGCUUAACAAAGAAAAUGUCACUCAUAGUAAUCGAUGGCUACAAUGUGAUGCAUGUAUGUAUCCGGUUGGAUUUCAGUCCAUCUACGUUUGUGAUGAAUGUGGCUACGUUCUUCAUUGA